AUGGAUCAAGAAAAGAAAGAUGCAUUGUUACGCCGUAGGAGGGCUGCCUAUGCUGCGAAAAAACAAAGUUGUCCUCUUGCUCCCACCCUUGGUGCGCAACAGUUAGAGAAAAAUAAGUCUAUGCGUGCCCAUUGUUCAACUGGUUUCGAGACUGCCUCUUUUCAGGCAAAUACGCCCUUUGGAGCCCAUGAAAUACCUGCUACAGAUGUUGAGGAUAUAAUGAGUAGUGAUGAAUUAGCUGAUGCAUUUGAUGGUAUUUCUAAGCAGCUGGCUCCUGAUAUGGGAAGCCAGAACUUACCUCCUGAAAGUUCGUUACCUGUUAGUUCUUCUGACGUGCCUUCGCCGCUAGGAGUUCAUCGCAUGGUGCCUGUUGAAGAGGGUACCUGUGUUCUUGAUUUUGGUAACUCUAGAAUUUCUGAAUCUUCAAACAAUCCACAGAUCGUUGUGAAUACACGAGUUGAGGGCGGAGGAAAAAGCAAAAGAUCUAGAAUCACAGAUUCUUUGCGCUCGAAAACAAUACCAACAAAACCUCUUGUCUUGCCCAGUGUUCCAGACUGUGAGCACUGUGGAGCAAAGAGGUUUACCUUGGAACCACCCAAAUUUUGUUGUCGUGGUGGGGAGAUUUCUGUAGUUUGUCCGACAAUGCCUUAUGAACUCUUUCGUCUUUACUCUGGUACUGACGAAGAGUGUGUUGAGUUUCGUAAAUGGGUUCGAACCUAUAACAAUAAUUUGGCCUUCACAUCAUUUGGCGCCAAGUAUGAUCGUGCCUUAACAAAGAAUACCAAGGGUGUUUAUACUUUUCGGGUGCAAGGCCAGGUGUACCACUUAUUGAACAGUUUGGUUUCUCCCACUGAUCAAGCUACUGGUGUUCAGUUAUAUUUCUACGAUCAGGAAGAGGAAUUAUCAAAAAGACUCGCUGGUUCGCCUAGGCUACGUGAAAGUACCCUCAAAUUGUUGAUGCGUAUUCUUGAAGCUAAUCCAUACACUAAAUUUUUCAAAGGUCUUCGAGAUAUUCCUGAUCUAGACAACCAUAGGAUUGUUCUCAACUCUGAUCCUCAGUUGGAUCAGCGUGUGUAUAAUUUGCCUGCUUCAUCCCAAGUUGCUGCCAUUUGGGCAGAGAAUGAGGAUGAAGCACUUGAAAAAGGUGCUCAUAUUCAAGUUUAUACCCACUCAAAUGUGACUCAUAGGAUACCACAUUAUUUUGCGUCCUAUGAUCCAUUACAGUAUCCUCUCUUAUUUCCUCGGGGUGAGCCUGGUUGGCAUUAUGGCAUCCCAAAAAGUACUGAUCCUAAUGAAAAAAAUAUGGAUCAUGAUGCUGAUGAUGAUGUCGUGCCUAAUUUUUCCUUAAUUGGAAGUGCAUCAGGCUUGAUUCAACAAGAACACGAAGCUGCUGAGAGUGGGAAAAAACAGCGUGAUACUAUUUCUGCAAGAGAGUACUACUGUUACUUACUUCAAAUGAGAGAAAAUGAUAGAUCAAUGUUGUUGCACACAAGGAGACUGUUGCAGCAAUUUGCUGUUGAUAUUUAUGUGAAGAUUGAAACGUCUAGACUUGACUUCCAUAGAAAGAACCAGACUAAUAUUAGGACUGAGAUUCUACAAGGUGUAAUGGAUAGUCUAUCUGCUGGUCAGACUGAAGGAAAAAAUGUUGGUCGUCGAGUUUAUCUCCCAGCUUCUUUCAUUGGUGGUCCAAGGGACAUGCGCCGUAGAUAUGUUGAUGCGAUGGCAUUAGUCCAGAAAUUUGGUAGGCCAGAUCUUUUUAUUACCAUGACAUGUAAUACACAGUGGAGAGAAAUCCAAGAAAAUCUGAAGUAUGGAGAGGAUGCACAGGAUAGGCCUGACUUAGUGUCAAGAGUGUUUAGAGCAAAAUUUGAGCUGCUCAAGGCUGAAAUAGUGAAAAAAAAGCUUUUUGGGGAGGUUGCUGCGUGUGUUCAUGUGAUUGAGUUCCAGAAAAGGGGUCUCCCUCAUGCUCACCUGUUAGUCAUCCUUAAGCCUGAAUUUAAACCAUUGAACUCUGAUGCUUAUGAUCGUAUUGUGUCUACUGAGAUUCCAGAUCCAAAGAAGCAGAGCUAUUUAUAUAAUCUUGUGAUCAAGCAUAUGAUGCAUGGACCUUGUGGUAUUUUGAAUAAAGACAAUGUUUGCAUGAAAGAUGGCCUUUGUAAAAACCAUUAUCCAAAGGAUUUUAGUGAAUUCACGGUCCAUACUGAGGAUAGCUACCCGCACUAUAAAAGGCGCAAUAAUGGUCGUUCUGUAAGGGUGCGCAAUAGCAACCUAGACAAUCGUUGGGUUGUGCCAUAUAACCCAUACCUUCUUGCUCUCUUCGACUACCACAUGAAUGUCGAAAUCUGUUCAACGGUUAAGCUGGUCAAGUAUUUGUAUAAAUAUGUCUAUAAGGGUCACGAUCGGGUUAGCUUCCAUAUUCAUUCAGAAAGUGACCCUAAUGACAUAGAUGAAAUAAAGGAUUUUCAGGCUGGGAGGUGGGUAGCGGCUGCAGAAGCUUUUUGGCGCAUUUAUAGAUUUAAUCUGAAUGAGAUGGCUCCUGCUGUGUAUACUCUUCAAUUACAUCUUCCAGGUCAACAAAUGAUCUCUUUUCAUAAAAAUACGAAUCUUGCUGAUCUCUUGGAUCGAGCCGAUUUUUCCAAGACAAUGCUGACAAAGUUUUUCCGCAUGAAUAAAACCAACAAAAGAGCUCAGGGUCUUAAAUGUCUAUACCGUGAAUUCCCAGAAUUUUUUGUCUGGAAACCUGCUAAGAAAAAAUGGACUGAACGGAAGAGAAAAAGAGUCAUUGGUCGUGUUGUGACUGUUGCUCCAAAUGAGGGAGAGCGCUACUACUUGCGUCUUCUGUUAUCCCACGUUCGUGCUCCCACGUGUUUUGAAGAUCUCUUGACUGUUAAUGGAAAGCUUAUGCUCUCCUAUAGAGAAGCUGCCUUCCAAAUGGGACUUCUUCAAUCUGACACCCACCUAGAAGAUACACUUAAUGAAGCAGCAGCCUUUCAGAUGUCUUCUUCAUUAAGAACUCUCUUUGCAAUCUUGUUAGCCUAUUGUUCGCCGAGCAAUCCUAGAGCCCUUUGGGAAAAAUAUGAAGCUGAAAUGUCAAGGGAUUUUGAGAGAGCUAGGAGUUUUUCUGCUCAAAAUGUUGAACACAUAAGAAGAUGUGUUUUGUUGGAUAUAAAUAAAUCCUUGGAACAAAUGGGAAAAAAUGUCAAUGACUACCAUUUGGUGCCUACUGAUUUCAUUCUCAGUCAUGAUGAGCGCCUCACAAGAGAAAUUCAAAGUGAGCUAAGCAUACAGUUUACCGAGCAGGACUUGCUAUUGCCUUCAAAGCUAAAUAUAGGCCAAAGAUAUGCCUAUGAUGUUAUUUUACAAGAGGUUUUCUCUUCUGGAAAUACCAGUUUUUUUGUUGACGGACCCGGCGGGACUGGUAAGACGUUUCUUUAUCGCUCUAUUCUGGCAACGCUUAGAUCCCAAGGAUUCAUAGCAAUAGCUGUUGCAUCAUCUGGAGUAGCUGCGUCUAUUCUUCCAGGAGGGAGGACCGCACACUCAAGGUUUAAAAUCCCGUUCGACAUUUCUGCGAGUAAAGUCUGCCAUAUCAGCAAACAGAGCUCUGUUGCUAGGCUUAUUCUCAUGGCUAAAUUAAUUCUAUGGGAUGAAGCUUCUAUGGCCAAGAGGGACACUAUUGAAGUAUUUGACAGGUUGCUCAGAGAUGUGAUGGACUCUGAUCUGCCCUUUGGUGGCAAAGUAGUAGUAUUUGGGGGAGACUUUCGUCAAACUUUACCUGUUAUUCAGAAUGCAACAAAGGAUCAGCAAAUAGAAGCCAGCUUUGUCAACUCACCUUUAUGGAGUAGUCUUCGGAAGUUAAUCUUAACUGAAAACAUGAGAGCUAUCUCUGAUAGCCACUUCUCUGAUUUCCUACUUAGGAUAGGCGAAGGUUGUGAACCAGAAGACGAAGAUGGAAAAAUAACUCUAUCAAACGAUAUAUCAAUUCCAUUUGAUAACAAAGAGGAUUCACUAAACAGGUUAGUGGAUUUUGUCUUUUCGGAUUUGAGCGUGUAUUCAUCUGAUCCAUACCAAAUCACAAACAGAUGUAUUCUUACUCCAAAGAAUACAUGUGUCGAUGAUAUAAAUGAGAUGAUGAUUGAUCAGGGACAGCGAUCUUCUUCGAAACCACGAGUCCGUCUGACAAGAAGGUUUAAAGAUGCUGGAGAAAUAGAAGAAGGACCUACAGGAGUCGAUGACUCUGGCAGCACCAAGAAAACAAAACUUGUCUGA